AUGGUACAAAGAGCGAGUGUCGAGGAAGCGAUAAAUUUCACGAGACUGAGCGUCCGUCUUGUGUGCACUUGGCCGCCAUCGGGGAGUGCAACUAAAUGGGAACUCGCCAAGGAGGAUUGUGCUUGGUGUAUAUCCUUUUUCAGUGUUUUUUGUCUCCUGAUACCUCUGAUUAAUGCGAUUCCCGAGUUCAUAACGAAUCCGAUCGUUAUAACCCAGACAAUGUGUUUUUGUUCAGCUUGCGUUAUCAUUAUUAUGAAAACUCUAGUUUUGCGAUUGCAUCGAAAGAAAUUUCAGAUUCUCGUCGACGAGAUGGAGAAGUUCGUACAAACUUGUUCCGAACGGGAGAGACGCGUUCUCCAAAGUUACGUCGACAAGUGUUCGGUCUACCAUGUGAUCAUAUCAUUUAUGAAUUACUUAGCGAGUAUUGCAAUGAUUAUAAGUCCAUUCGUGAUUCCUGAUCAGAAGAUGCCAACUGCCGCGGUCUAUCCGUUCCCCGUCGAUUCCGGUGUCCUCAUGUACCUCGUUUUCAUCCACCAGUCCAUGGUCGGACUUCAAACUUCGGCUGGUCUGACGGUCGACUGUCAAAUGGCAAUGAUGAUGUGGUACGCGGGCGCGAGGCUCGAACUGUUUGCCGAGGAGAUAAAAAGCUCUCCGAACAUCAAAGAGUUCGGUUACUUCGUCAGAAAACACGAACGACUUUUAUUUUAUGCUACUCAAGUGGCUGAAACCAUGCGCUAUGUCGCUUUUACGACCACUUGCGUUUGUGGUAUCGCAUCAAUCGUCUGCUGCAUGCAGUUGGUCAGUAAUCAACCGAUUUUGGUGAAAUUACAAUUCGGACCCGUGUCCAUAGUCUGCCUCACUAACUUGAUUAUUUGCGCUUGGCCAAUUGAGAAUAUCGUCAGAGUGGUUCGUAUUCUUGAGUUCAUGAAUUUUGAUUGAUGAAAUUAAAUUCCACUAGCAAUUAUUAUUAUCUAUUUAUUCUUUUGAAACUUUUUGGCGUUUAGUGCGAUUUAAUUGGAUCAACUGUUUAU